CGCUGCCACCAAACCGAGGUCCGCCCCGAUCUUGGUUGCUUCCUCAUUAUAUUUCGGUUGGCCAAGCCUUCUACGCCGCCCUUUUCCAGAAGCGGGAGGGGAUCAUCAUAUCCAAGAAGGACUCAGUUAAGAGCUGGAAGAGGAAGUUCAUCUUCGUCUCGCCUCCCUCGGGUUCCCCUUUCCGCGAGGAAGUCCUCAACUCAUUUCGUCGGCGUGCCCUGCCCGCCACCUCCGACAGAAUGGUCGCCGACGCAGAGAAACUCUGCGAAGAGGGGCCAUACGAGCUCGCAUCGUUGGUGACGAACAAGGAACUGGCCGAGCUCGGGUACGUAUUCCUGCCACAAGAGGAGGCCCACGUCGGGUCGUCCAAUGGAGCAUCGAGGAAAGCCCCUCAAGUCAACGAUGCAGCUCAUGCUCUAGGGCAACAAGGUCAAGGGUCCGUAGGGGGCCCUGCCCUAGAUGCUCGCCCCCCGACGCCAAGCCUCAACCUGACUUUCGAGGAGGCACCUCUAACGAAAAGGCGCAGAGAGGCAGCCUCAUCCUCGGCAACGCCGGUGGGAUCCAAGUCCCCUCACAUGACAGACUUCAUGCAUCCUACCCGGGUCAAGGUGGCCUUCCCCCCUCUGCCUUCCUUCCUGCGGGGGGAUUAUGAUCUGCAAACCUUCCUGCAGAGCUUCACCCCUCACUCCGACCGCGAGGCGCUCUGUGCGUCAGGGAGUAAUAUAUUGGCCUCAACCACUCUCCGGGAGCUGGGCUCGGAUGAAUGUCCGAGUAUAUGGCCCGUGCUCGGCAACCCUCUUCUUGUGAAAGGUGGAACCAAGCUUGUGGCUUUGGACCUUCAUCCAGGAAAAACAUCUGGGUGUGGUCCGUGCUCGGCCAUCCUCCUUGCAGAAGGUGGAACCGAGUGCGUGGCUUUGGACCAUCAUUUGGGGAAAACAUCCAGGUAUGGUCCGUGCUCAACCCUUCUUUCAGUGGGAGAUGGGCCCGAGCGCGUGGCUUUGGACCUUCAUCCAGAAAAAACACCCGGGUAUGGUCUGUGCUCGGCCAUCCUCAUUGCGGAAGGUGGAACCGAGCGCGUGGCUUUGGACCUUCAUCUGGAAAAACAUCUAGAUGGAACUAAGUGCGUGGAUUUAGACCUUCUUCUGGGAAAAACGUCCGGGUGUGGUCCGUGCUCCGCCAUUUUCCUUGCAGAAGAUGGAACCGAGCGCGUGGAUUUGGACCUUCAUCCGGGAAAAACAUCCAUGUGUGGUCUGUGCUCGGCCAUUUUCAUUACGGAAGAUGAAACCGAGCGCGUGGCGUUGGACCUUCAUCUGGGAAAAACAUUAGGGUGUGGUCUGUGCUCAGCCAUCCUGUUUGCAGAAGAUGGAAUCGAGCGUGUGGCUUUGGACCUUCAUCCGGGAAAAACAUCCGGGACCCACCGCCUCUUUGAUUAUGUAGGGGCCUUCAUAGUUCUUAGCGAACUUCCCCUCUUCCAAGGGGCAGCUCACUGCCUCUUGCGUAGCACCCAGUCCCCUACCAUGAAGGCCAUGAGAGCGUACUCGCCCAUUGUGGUAGCUAUUCACCUUUCUUUGAUAAUUUUCUACCCGUAUGAAGGCCACUUCCCGCCUCUCAUGGCCCAGAUGGAGUUCCGUUGCCAAAGCUUCGGGGCGCAGUUCGACGUAGAUCUCUACAGGCGCCCUCGCCUCGAACCCGUAGCACAGCGCGAAGGGGGUUUCCCCGAUCGCUCUCCGGGGCGUGGUUCGAUAGGUCUACAAGAUGUAGGGUGGCUUUUCCACCCACUUUCCUUUACCGGCUUCCAACUUCCGCUUCAAACCAUCAAUAAUCAUCUGGUUAGUGUUCUCGACUUGCCCGUUCGUCUGCGGGUACCUUACCGAUGCGUAGCUAUGUUUGAUCCCCCAACUUUUAAGGAUGUCGUUAAAAGGCUUGGACUCAAACUAUGUUAUGUUGUCCGUAAUCACAUGCUCGGGGACACCAAAGUGGCAGAUGACUUGUUUGGCGAGGAACUUCUGGCAUUGGGCCCCUAUUAUGCUUACCAACGGCGCCACCUCCACCCACUUCAUGAAGUAAUUGAUUGCCACUUUAACGUACCUUACGUUCCCAGUACCUCUGGGGAGAGCGCCGACUAGGUCCACUCCCCAGCGCGCGAAUGGAAUUGUCGUGCUGAUAGGGGUGUUGUAACACCCUAAUCCGUCCAGCAAAUAAAACAUACUACACGCUCAGCGGUAAAGCUGAGUAAGCAUAUCUAAUGCGUCGAACAUCCAUAUAAACUGAAUCUAAAUUCAUAAUCAAAUCAUUUGAUAUCAUGCACACAAUGUUCACUUCAGACAUUCACAGUUUUGAUAUUAUUCAGUUCUUAUCAACAUAUUUUAUUCAAUUCAGUUAUUAUUUCGAUAGUGCUCUUAAAUCGUUCUUAAUCUAAGGCCAAAUCAUAACAANAAGCGAAUUAAAAAUUGACAUAUCAU